AUUCUGCGGUGGGGUUUGUGUCCGCUUUGGGUUUCCGUAGCCCUUCCUGUCGGUCGGGGUCGGGGCCUCUCGUGGCUGUCGGUGGCGGCGGAGACCGACUGACUGGAGGCUGAGGCCCGGCCUCCCGCUCGGUCGGCGGACAAUGUCCGACUACGAUUCGGAGAGUUAUUCUUCCGAGGACGACGAGGAUUACGUGCCUUCGGGUGAAGACUAUAGUGAAGAUGAUGUCAAUGAGCUGGUGAAAGAAGACGACCUAGAGGGAGAAGAACAGCCUCAGAAAAAGAAAUCCCCAAAGAAAUCCGCAAAGCAAAUCCUUGCCAGAAACCAAAAGAAAGGAGUAUUGUGUUUAGAAGGUGAGGAAGUGAAGGAUGUUAAUAGUGCCACUGAACUGAAGGAGGACGCUCCAGGGAAUGGUAGCACAGAAAUCGUAGAACAGAAGGAGAAGAAGAAAGCUGAUGAUCUGUGGGCCAGAUUCUUGAGUGAUGUUGGGGACAAGUCUAAACCACCUGCUGCUGCCCAGACACCUAACAAAAAGGACUUGUCAGUAACCGAAGAGAAACCGAACCAGCCUCAGGAAGUAGUGAAAGAGGCAGAGAAGCCAAAAGCACCCACAAAGGUCACAAUAACAAAGGUGUUUGACUUUGCGGGUGAAGAGGUCAAGGUGACUAAAGAAGUGGACGCUGCUUCCAGAGAAGCUAAAUCCUUCUUCCAAAACCAACAGGAACAGAAAGAAUUGCAGUCAAAAAGUUCUCCAACAGCAACACUUGCAGCUUCAACUCCAACGAGUUCAGGGGUGAAGAGGCUGUGUGGGUUGGGUGGCGCUCUGGGAAAGAUCACGGGAAAGAAACAGAAGAUGAGCACCUUGGAGAAAUCGAAGCUCGACUGGGAAGCUUUCAAAGAAAAGGAGGGCAUUGGUGAUGAACUCGCAAUCCACAACCGAGGAAAAGAAGGAUAUAUCGAACGCAAAGCUUUCUUGGAGAGAGUCGAUUUCCGGCAGUUUGAACUGGAACGCAGCAUUCGUCUCAGCAAUAUGAAACAAUGACGUUGUCCCUGGACAGACAGAUAGUCAUCCGUUGUUUAACAGAGCUUCACACAGGUGUGUCCAGCACCACAACAGGGUCCCCAAGGGCUGAUUGUUUCUCAUUUAUAUCUACUGUAAGCAAUAGCCAGAUGUCCCCUCAUCCUGUGAAUUCUUUGACAUUUUUAAUUGUUGACCUUGUCUUAUUCCAUACAAGUCUUUUUUUAAUGUAACUCAAUCCAUUGAUGGUGGCUAAAUAUUGUGUUGUAUUGUUUUUUUUCAAAAAAUUAUUGUUGUAAGUUCAAUCGAGUGUUAAAAGAUCAUUGCAUGCGUGGUUUGACAGUUAAACAUUCUUAUGGACUUACUUACACCACUGUGCUUUUGUUCUACAAGGACUUGGUAUGAAUUGCAUUUUAGUUUGGUGAAUUCUGAACUCUCGAUUAUGACGCUGAUGAUCUGUUUUACUAAAAUAAAAUCAAAAUGAGUUUGACC